AUGUCUCUUACUGUGUGGCUAUACGUGCCCGCUAUCGGCGAAAUUCUUCAGCUCGUUCAGCUUGCCCAUGAGGAGCAUCCAUUCGUCUCCUUUACUACAGGAUCGUAUGUUGUUGUAGGGUACCUUGCUAAUCACAACCAAAUAGCACCCAUCUACGUGGCCCAGCCUUGGACUGGUCAGCUUAUGCAACUUGGGUGGCUGAUUAUCCCUGGCGAGGGGGACGCUACGCACCUUCAUGAGCUAUUCACAACAGCGCCAGCUGGCGGCGCUUAUAUCAGUGCGAUAACACCUACGUACUGUAGGGCUGACGGCAGAGGUAUCCCAAUGCCUACUUGGCUCGUGAAACUUUUGAACGCAUCAGUUCAAUUCUCUUAUGCUCCGUUUCCAAACGGGUAUCUGCCUCCCGCUCCCACCCCCAUACAACAACUAACGUAUGAGGCGCUGCCCUCCGACAAUUCAAGUGCUCUCGAUCACGCGCUCUUGGAUGGUCUCCUGGCCCCCACUUCUUUUGACCUCACACCCACGGAGCUUCAAGAGCUCGAUUGUGGCUAUAACUACUGGGGAUUAUCCACUAUUACCUCCCUCAAUGGUGUCGACGAUGCAGCUAUUAUGAACUUUUUGGACAAAUGGGAUGAAGUUGAUGAUGAUCUCAACAGAGAGCCAGUCCAUGAGGGUUUUCAUCCCGACUUACAAUGGAGAAGGUCUAAGGAUGGCGUGUGGGCAACCUUAAACAAGAAGCAACGAGACACCCUCACCCGCGCAAUGAAGAAGUCGUCUUGGUGGCGGAUCGUGAUGCUCACUAGGGCCAUAUUUGUUGGAGCUAUGUGGGUAGGAGAGCGCCCAAACCCAUUCGAGAUUUCUCAGUUGGAAGUACGACACCGAGUUACCAAUAUCUUUCUCACCGCGCUUCAUCUAUGUGACACGACUUAUGACGAGAUGAAGAAACUACCAGUAACCGUCAAAUUUACCAACGGAGGCACCAUUUCUGCUGGGUGGCCGGAAUUCCGUGUAAAUGUACGCCCUCUCUUGCCUUCGCCUUCGCCUUUCCAUUACUCAUGCGAGCAGCUGGCUAAGGCAUUUGACAAUUCAAAGGCGGAACUAAGGAAGGUUAUCAAAGGUGCACUGUCACCACACACCAACUUUUGCGCCUCUUCCGAUGCACUAGGAACGAGGGUCAUGUACUUCGUGAUUCUCCUCAACUCGACAAAUAUCAAUGACGUGUAUAAGGCGAUUUCCGAACUCGUUGGGGAACAUGCUUUCCUGGAGCUCCUUUGGGCAUCACUCUUUCACCCAAUCAGCAAGUUAGCAAAUGGAAAAGGCAGUGCAAGGCUAGCCGAUUUCUUUCCGGAAGAAAUCUUUUCAGAUUCCAGCUGUCUGGGCCAAAAACCGGUGUGCAAUUUGAUGACUUUGCUCUACCAGUCGAUGGUCACCAUCAUGAAAGAAAAAUGCGCCAGCUCAGAGAAGAUCGAACAUCUUGAACCAGAAGUCAUGAACGGGGUUCUCAUGUCAGCUCUGAAUGAAAUGUACAAUUAUCCAAACAUGUUUCCGACAUUCACGGAUACAGUGCAAGCUCUCCCAUUCAUAAAGAUGAAUAACGUCCUGCCUAUUGCUCCCAGGUCGGGUCUUCCAAGAAUCAUGACAGACGAGAACGGGAAGAGGUUGAGGAACAUGACGGACGUUGAACCUAUCGAGUUCACACAGCAGCCAAUCGUUCAAUCUUGCAUUGUCGUCCCAAACAGUACUAAGGGCUUUAGUUCCCCCAAGUCUCUGAGAUUUAGCUCACCUGUACCGCCUUCCUACGUUUCGACUCGGCCCAUUGCGUACUAG